CUAUCCUCCAUCUUCGCGCAAACAAUCAAUCUACCUUAUCGUCAAACAUGAAGCUAAUUCUUCUAAGUCUUUUACCAGCGGCGUCGGCCUACACGUGGUUCACCAACGACGGAUGGUCUAAGCCAGCUGAUUUUAACAGCCAGGCAUGCGCGUCAAACCCAAACACACGUUAUUUCUGCGGUACUCUAGCUGGGACUCGAGGUGAAAACCCGUACCCUAACGCCUUUCCUCGUGGACGCAAUACUUGUACCCUCGCGGACACUCUAGGUAGGGGAUGUAACUGGAAAGGAGCUACUGGCAUUGUUGUUUGUUGUUGAAGCAAAACAAGCAGAGCUCCCUGUGAUGGCCUGAAGCCCAGUUAGUGAGCCCUCAAUGAUAUCUCAGUCACAUGCGCAAGCGCACGGUACUACGCGUCUGAAAGACGUUUAGGCUGAACCCCUAAACUUCGGCCGAAGGUUAACCCGAGCCGCUACUAGUUAACCUUCAGACCCUUAGUAGUCUAUAAUUCUCUUCUCUAUCGAAUACAAUCAUCAGUAUGCCUGUGCGAUAGCUCCCUGAGCGUAGCCCCUUACACUCCCUGACUAAAUCUGCUAUCAU